ACAAGAGUAGAAACAUAAAAAAACAUAAUUUAGAAACACUAACCUCGUAACGUCAGAAGUCAGAAAAUGUUGAUUUCCGAAUUAUCAUCAUCUUCUGACGACCCCAACGCAUCAAAUCAAGCGAAAGCAAUAUUGUCGGGUGAAAAAACGGAAUGGACUUACAAACAGAGGCGAGAUAUGCAACUAAUUGUACCAGGAUUAUAUCUCGGUCCGUUACAAGCAGCAACCAAAGCAAAUUUUGAAAACUUAUUACAACACAAGAUAAGUCACAUCGUGUGCGUACGUGAGAACAAAGAAAAAAGAUUUGUUCGACCGAAUUUUCCUCAAAAUUUCAAGUAUCUUACAGUUGAGGUUGAAGACAAACCCUAUGAGAACAUAAUGUCGCAUUUCGGGGUCGUCAAUUCAUUUCUGAAUGAUGCAAUUGAUAAUGGAGGUGUAGCUUUGGUGCAUGGAAAUGCUGGCAUCUCAAGAAGUGCCACUUUAGUUAUCGCAUAUGUGAUGCAGAAGUUUGAGUUGACUUCUCAUGAUGCGUUCAUCUGUGUUCGAGAUCGAAGGUUCUGUAUCAACCCUAAUGUUGGUUUCCGACAUCAAUUAAAGGAAUACGAGCCAAUAUAUUUAGCAGAAAGAGAUUUUCAGGAUCGUCCUUCUUCUGAAAGUGAGGAUUGUGGAGUAAAGAGGAAACUAACUGAAGAUGGGAUGGAUGCAACAACAAUAAUGACUUGA